UCGACAACGUGUUCUUCCGUGUUCCCAACUUAACUCACGAUGGACGCCAGCGUCAUAAAGGCUAUAUUAUUUGACUUAGACAACACGCUCAUUGAAACAAGUCGGGCAGGUGAAUGUGCGAUACAAAAGACUCGCGAACUUUUGAAGAGCUCACUGGUUGUUGACGAUGACGUCAUCGCCAGUAUAUGUGACAUGUUCAAGCACAAACUCCAUCAUGAGAAGUUUGACCCUGCAGCUGGUAGAUCCAUCGAUGAGGUCCGAGUGGGUCACUGGGAGGAAAGCAUCAAGGAAACUGUGGACAGUUCACCAGCAGCCCUCCCGGCGCAGUGCUACCACUUGUGGAAAAAUAGUCGACUGGCGCUUCUUUGUUUGUCCCCAGAGCUGUGCAGUCUUCUCAAACAACUGCGGAAGAGAUACAAGCUGCUGCUCUUGACCAAUGGGAACUCUCAAACGCAAAGGGAGAAAGUUAAGGCGGUCGGUUGUGAAGGGUUUUUUGACGCAGUUGUGUUCGGGGGAGAUCACGCUGAGCAGAAACCAUUCCCCUCGAUCUUCAGACUAUGUUUUGACCUGCUUCAGGUGGACGCCCAGGACUGUAUCAUGGUUGGAGACUCACUGGACACGGACAUCCAGGGUGGGUUCAGCGCACAAGUGCGUGCUACAGUUUGGAUUAACAGUACAGGAGAUGCAGUGCCUGUUGGUUUUGUGGCACCAGACUACACUAUUCCUACUGUGUUGGACCUGGAAGAGAUUCUGGCACAACUAAAUUAAGGACAACUGGUGUUCAACCAUGACCGAUGUUGACUAAUGUUUCCAUGACAUCUAGGUGAAAAUCUACCUUAUAACAAUGCCCCAAAAUGUAUCAAUAUUUUGUUGAAUCUUAAAAGUAAUUUGAUUGCCAAACACAAUCUUUAUCCAGAUCAAAAAUGUGCUACCUGUGAGGUCUGCAUAGUCGCUCGGUCAUAAGAUAAAUGGUAAAUGGGUUAUACUUUUAUCGGGCUUUUCUACCUUCAAGGUACUCAAAGCGCUUUGACACUAUUUCCACAUUCACCCAUUCACACACUGAUAACGGGAGAUGUCAUGCAAGGCCCUAACCACGAUCCAUCAGGAGCAAGGGUGAAGUGUCUUGCUCAAGAAUACAACGAACGUGACUAGGUUGGUAGAAGCUGGGGAUCGAACCACGGAGGUUGAUGGCACGGCCACUCUCCUCACCGCGCCACGCCGUGGCAGAUGUUACUUUAAAGAUUCAAUCUAAAGUCUAUGUUACCUGGUUGGUGGUGGUUGGUUGUUUCCAUGAACAUUGAUCAUGUGUUAUUGUCAUCAAAUUGAAUUGUAUCAUUUGAACACAGUAUUUACAUUUUUAAAGCAACAAGCCUUAACUAACCACGUUAAACCCAGAUUCCGAUCUAACAAAGGUCUUAACUCAUUCUCUUUUUAUGCCACAUCAAUGUGGAAUGCGCUCCCAACAGAUGUAAAAGAAAGGGCAUCUCUAUCCUCCUUCAAAACCGCAAUAAAAGUACACCUCCAGGCAACUUCAACCCUAAACUAACACCCUCCGCGGAUUGUAAAUAAUCAAAUGUAGAUACUUUUUCUUCAGUGACGUGCAGUCACUAGAGGCAGGUGAGGCAGGGCCUCACCUGCCAUCAUGGAAAGAAAAAAAAUGUAAAAAGAAAAAAAAAAAAUUAGAUUGUUAUACGUAUCCAGUGAUUAUACUAUAAAGUUAUUUUCCAUUUAACUUCACCAGUUUUAGAUUAUUUUUAUUCAAAAUUGCUAAAUUUUCACAUUUGCCGUUCAAAUACUGAGAAGAGACGGUGCGGUGAACAGCAGCCAGUUGAGGCACGUCACUCAGUGCCGCAACAUGGAUUGCGCAAUGACUCGGCUAACUGCUGGCCUGCUGUGCAGUGAGACUGUAUUGCUAUAUGAACUAUAUUAUACAUUCCCAUUGUUUAGUUAGCUGAGGUAUAUAAUGUACAGUGUAUUUUGUCAACAACUGUAUGUGUGUACAGUAUUUCUUGUGCUGAGCGAUCAUAAAACGGCUGCAAAAGACGCACUGGCUGAAGCUCGCCUCCUGCACCCCCGCCGUAGAAUUGUUAUAUCAACUAAAGCCCACACUUAAACUUUCCACGUGCAAGAUUGAAUCUAUUUUAAAAAAUUAUUUCAUAAGAAGCCAAAAAGUGCAAAAACAAUAAUGUUGGUGUUGGAGGAGUUGUGAAUGACUGCAGGGACACAACAUUAGAUACACCUGCAGACUGCAGGUGUACCUAAUUCACAACUCCUCCAACACGAACAUUAUUGUUUUUGCACUUUUUGGCUUCUUAUUAAAUAACUUUUGUAACCUAUUUUCAUGGGCUUUCCUCUUUGUGAUGUUAAGUUCCUGUUAUGCGCUGUUAUACAGUAUAUGCCUUGAGCUCUUAUUUUGAAGGCGCUAAGAGCGGAAGUGAUGUCACGUUGCGGAGGUUUUUGAAAGAAGGUAAAUAAAGUGGUCCUCGUGUAAACUGGAGCCUCCGUGUUUGUUAUUUUGUAGUUUCAUACAGUAUAGGCGACAUUUAUAAACCCUCGGUUACACUUUUUAAAUAGAUUCAAUCUUGCACGUGGAACGUUUAAGUGAGGGCUUUAGUUGUGGCGCAUGGACUUCAUUUAUAAGUAAAGGUAAGACCAUAAUAACGUUUUUUUUAUUAAAUGUGCUUUUUUGUGUGCUACAGUUUGUAUGUGUAAAGUUAAAGUAUCAAUGAUUGUCACACACACACUAGGUGUAAUGAAAUUUGUCGUCUGCAUUUGACCCAUCCCCUUAUUCACCCCCUGGGAGGUGAGGGGAGCAGUGGGCAGCAGGUGCGCCGCGCCCGGGAAUCAUUUUUGGUGAUUUAACCCCCAAUUCCAACCCUUGAUGCUGAGUGCCAAGCAGGGGAAGAAUGCUGGUAUGAGCUUUUAAACAUAACCCGUUAACUGCUGCCAAUCAAAUGGUGAAUAAGAUACUCUUUAGGAUUCAUAUGUUUGUAAAUCUGACUGUGAUGAAGUCAGUGCCUCACCAGCCAUCAACCUCACCGCACGUCACUGUUUUUCUUAUGCUUUCUGAUCUCUCUCUCUCUCUAUGUCCACUACUUGCUGUACAUAUCCUACCAAGUCAGACCUACACUGUUUCAAUGUCUAUUCGUCUGUUCUCAAUUGUUGGUUGACUGAAGGGAUGAUAACAACCAAACUUAACCCCCCCCCCCCCCCCCC